AUGCUGCGAGCAGCCCAAGGCACCUCGAAAACCCAUGUGUUACUGGCGGCAAGUGCGAAACCACUACACGCAGUGAGGGCCCAACAAACGUGGGAUGAGAUGACUCAUAUAUUCACCAGAUGUGGGCAUGCCAUAUCCCUCGUCGACGAGGAGAUAAAAUGCGAUCUCGUCCGCUGUAAAUUCAGCCCCGCACAUCCUAAAGGUUGCACCGGCCAAGCGUGCAUGAGGACGUGUUGGCAAUACAAUAUUGUGAGUGCUAUCGCCGAGCAAAUCGCGGAUCUCACAGGAUGCCUAGCCCCGCACCUAAAGAAGCGCUGCGAGUCCUGCAAGUGA